AUGGAGACUAAGGCCUGUUUGGUUCUUCUUUUCUUCUUUCUCUUCCUUUCAAGUUUUCUACCUCAAAGCCAAGGGAAGAGGCAAGGUGAAGCUCUUGACAACCUCUUCAAGGCCAAGCUCAACAAACACUCCACUAUUGACAAAAGCCAUUUUGAGCCCAUUUCUCUUGUACAUGGAGCCAAAGUUCUUUCUCAGGUGGGAUUGCAAGAGAGAGACAGAAUUGAGAAAUUGCCUGGGCAACCAGCUGUUGGGUUCACCCAGUAUGGUGGGUAUGUCACCAUCGAUGAAUCGGCCGGUCGGGCAUUUUAUUAUUACUUUGCUGAAGCUCAGCAUUCUAAGCAGUCUUUGCCUCUUCUUCUUUGGCUCAAUGGAGGUCCUGGUUGCUCUUCUCUUGCCUAUGGAGCAAUGCAGGAGCUUGGACCAUUCAGAGUCCACAGUGAUGGGAAAACCCUCUUCAAAAAUAGAUUUGCAUGGAACCAUGCUGCAAAUGUUUUGUUCUUGGAGUCACCAGCUGGAGUAGGGUUUUCGUACUCCAACACAACGUCGGAUUAUGAGAAGGGCGGAGAUAAAAGAACAGCUGCAGAUAAUUAUGUUUUCUUGUUGAAUUGGCUUGAAAGGUUCCCUGAAUAUAAAAAAAGAGACUUUUACAUUUCCGGUGAGAGCUAUGCGGGGCAUUACGUACCAGAACUUGCUCAUACUAUUCUCCACCAUAACAAAAAAGCAAAUACCAGUCUCAUCAACCUUAAAGGGAUCAUUAUCGGGAAUGCUGUGAUCAAUGACGAGACUGAUAAUCAAGGAAUGUACGACUACUUUGCAUCUCAUGCUCUCAUCUCAGAUGAAACUUCGCAUCAAAUUAACAAAUACUGUGAUUUCUCACCCAAUGCCCCCUCAGAGUCCGAUCAGUGCAAUAACGCUGCUAAUGAAGCUAACCUCAAUGUUUUUCCAAUUGAUAUCUACAACAUCUAUGCUCCUUUAUGCUCUAACCCCAAUCUCACUGCCAUGCCCAAGAAGGCUUCAGUAAGAUUUUUUGAUCCAUGCAGUGACAAUUACGUGUAUGCUUAUCUUAAUCGGCCUGAUGUUCAAAAAGCCCUACAUGCCAAUGUCACCAAACUGAAUUAUGAUUGGGAACCAUGCAGUGAUGUUAUACAAACUUGGGAAGACAGCCCAUCAACAAUGAUUCCACUCCUAAGAGAGUUCAUGGAGAAUGGCCUUCGAGUUUGGAUAUUUAGUGGGGACAUAGAUGGAAGGGUACCAGUGACUUCAACCAAGUAUUCCAUUAACAAGAUGAAGCUUUCUGUGAAAUCUCCAUGGCAGCCUUGGUACCUCAAUACACAGGUUGGUGGGUACACACAAGUGUAUAAAGGAGACUUAACAUUUGCCACAGUAAGAGGGGCAGGACAUCAAGUUCCAAGUUACCAGCCUACAAGAGCUCUUACACUAAUCUCGUACUUCCUUUCUGGGAAACCUCUUUCGGAUGCUACUUGGGGAAAUUGAUCUCAUUUCUACAAAAUUCUGUAUUCACUGGUAGUCACUUUCUUUUUUCUUUUUCUUUUUUCUUUUU